AUGUGUUUGGAUGGCUUCCUUUUUAACGAUGCAAUGUGCUCGUUGCUGGUAAAGAAAUUAAAAGAAAGGACAGAGCGUAUAGAACUGGGAUGUUUUGAACUGGCUGGAAGUACUUUCAACCUAGACAGCCCUUCACAAGUUGCUGCAGUGCUUUUUACACGUUUAAAGCUCCCACAUCCUGGUGGCGCGACGUUGAAGAAACAUAUGUCAACAAAUAAGUCCGUUCUGGAGCAAAUGAAGUUUCAACAUCCCAUUGUAGAGAAAAUCUUGGAAUAUCGUCGCCUUAGGCAUGCUAUAAGCCAAUGUAUCGUACCUCUGCAACGAUUUGUGUGCGAUGAUGGGUUUGUGAGAUCACGGUGUGAGAUGCACACUUCAACGGGUAGAAUUUUAACUUUCGAGCCAAACUUGCAGAAUGUUCCCAAAGAUGUAAUAAUAGAUGAGAUCAGUCUUCGGCAUUUGUUCACAGCGCGGCCAGUUUCAAUAAUGGAUUUUGCGAGAAAAUGGAUAGUGGAGUGCACAAUUUCAGGUUGCGUGCUUAUCAGCGCUGACUACAGCCAGCUUGAACUGCGUGUCCUUGCACAUCUGAGCGAAGACGUUUCUCUUAUUGCUCACCUCAGUCACAAUCGCGAUAUUUUCCAAGAGUUAUCUACAAAGUGGCAGGUGUCACGGGAGACCGUGAAAAAGCUCUGCUAUGGUAUCAUUUAUGGAAUGGGUGGUAAGACUUUAGCGGAAAAUAUCAAGAAGUCAGUUGAGGAGGGCAAUAAAUUGAUGCAAAGCUUUUUCCAGUCGUUUCCUAGGGUGCGCAGUUAUAUCAACAGUACAAAGGAGAAAAGCAACGUAAUCAUCUUAGGUCGACGACGAGUGACUUGCAGUGCUAAAGGGCGUCAGGAGGAUGUAGCGAGGGAUGAUCGACAAAGUAUAAACUACACAAUACAAGGAACUGCAAGUGAAAUUUUCAAAAAAGCACUUAUCAGAUUAGAGGAUACGAAAAAAGGCGCCAUUGGUGUCGUACUCACAAUUCAUGAUGAAAUCAUUAUUGAAUGUGCAGCCGACGUUGAAGAGGAGACAACGCUGUGGAUGCGUCAAUGUCUAGAAAAUGUCUUCCCAGAUUUUAAAGUUCCUUUGCCAGUAAAGAUUCGCUCUGGACCGAAUUGGGGAUCACUCUCAAUCAAGUAG